CUCGCAGUCAUCGUGAGCCGCUGCUACCACUCACUCACACCCUCCACUACCUUCCUCUCACUCUCCAUCUUUCUUUCUCUCUCCAGCGUGUCUUCUUCCUCAUCUUCUUCUCUGUCUGUCUCUGGCCAAGGUCCCCUCCGCCCCCAAUGACUUCCACCGUGGCAACCCGCGCCCAAGAGCCGGCCAAGGGCGACGCGGCCACUGUCCCGACCCUCGCCCUCGCCCGCCGCAACUCGACGUUCAUGGCCCGGUGGACAGCCAUUGAGCCCAAGCCACGCUCCUACCAGCACAAGGUGCCCAACCAGUACCCCAGCAAGCUCCGCAAGCUGCCCCCCGACCAGCAACACUAUGCCCUCCUUGACGCCGAGGAGUACUGGCUCGAGAUCCUCGCAGACCACUUCCCGCCCGCCUGGGUCAGCGCCUCGGAAGUCCUCGCCCAUCUUGCCACCAUCAUCCCCAUGGCAGCGCCCUGCGGCACAAAGCCCUACAUCGCCCUCAAGACCGCCCUCAAAAAGGCCCUCGACGCGGGAGCCCGUGCCGGCUGGGACAAUGACGCAAACAUCCGCUGCCCUCCCGUGCCGCUCGCCCUUCUCCAUGCCGUCAAGGUCAACGGCAGUGCUCAGGCUGGUGCCGGAGAACUGCCCAACAAGAUUGCUGACGAUCUCACUGCUGCCCACCUCGGCUGGCUGGCCCAAGAACCCAGCACCUGCGUGAUUCCCCGGUGCUGGCGUGUAUGGGCAAUCCGUCAUAACUACCCUCAUGCGGCCUACAUCGGACAGCCUCCUCCCGCCCAGCCGACCACCGAUCCAGAGCCGACUCAGAGGACAAUGGUGCAGUCACCGGUUCGGCAAAGGUCGCCAAGUAGACAUAGGUCGUCUGCUCGCCAGGAGGACCGCCUCAACAUCAAAGGCAUCCCUCGCCGCUUCAGUGUGCCACACCGCGUCAGCCCGGAGCUUGGACACAACAGAGAGGUCGUAGACCUGGAUGAGUAUGGACACGAUUACGAUGGCAGGCUCAUCGAGGACGACGAGUCUUUCGAGCUUUGGGAUGCGUCAUUCCGCGAUGAGGAAUGGGAUCAAACACAUGACGAGCGCAAGCCUGGUUUCCCAAGCAGCGAACAUGCUGCCCGAACAUUCAGACACGCCGAGGACUUUCGCUCACCAUCGCCCAUCGCCGCCUUCGAUGACGAUCAGGCCGAGUCAACCCUGGUCGACCAAGAACCUUCAUACUCGGCACACACGCAAGCCCGCAGACCUCCUGCUUUGGCCACUAAGACUGACCAGCAGGCCAACGUCUUCAACAUCAAAACCAUGGAUGACGUGCGCAAGCUUCUGGCAGACCUCGGCUCGCAAGAGGCCAUACGGUGCCCGACGGCCAACGAAGUCCUUCCUUAUGCCGACAACGACGUGCACGAAGCCUUCACCACAUAUACCCGCUACUUCAGUGCCAAGGUCAAGGCGGCCAUGAAGUUGACGCUGGGACAGAUCCUGCUGGCCUCGCCGCUCGCUAAGCUCGUCAAGCAGUCGAACGCCAUGCGCAGAGAUCUCGACUACUACCGCACCGAGGCCGAGAGUGUACGCCAGGAGCUUCCUGAAGCCAUCAGCGCAGUCAAGGACGCUCAUGACCGAGAGGUCUCACGCCUGCACAGUGAGAUUGCGGGACUGAAGACCGCAGUCAACAAGACGGCCCAGCAACAACAGAGACGCACACGGAUGGAGGCCAAGCCGGCUGGCUCGGCGCGCCAGAGUGAGUACCAGAUCACGACACGGGCUGCAGCCGCAAGAGGUGCUCGUCCGUCCACAAUCAAUGCGCGUGGUCUUGGGAGCAGACCAAAUGCGGUUCCAGGAGUCGCUACCAGAGCACGUCCUCUUGGCAUCAACAUGAUGGCCAUCGAUCCUUCCCGCAAGCGAGGUGCGCCGCAGCAUUACGACCCGGCGCUACCUGCCCGCAAGCGCCCAAUGACCGGCAGCAAGUUGGGCAAUGCCAAAAAUGUGUAUGCGUCGUACUUUGCCAACGACGAGUGACGAUGGCAUGGGUUUUAGGAAGCAUGAAGUGACGAACGGGAGGGUUCUGGUCUUGUACAUGGUUAUGUGAUGGAGUAUUGCUUUCCGAUUUUUGUUGGGCAAUGAUAGAGGUGCCUGAAACAUGUAUGGGUAUGCGGGACAGGUUCGACCAGAGUUUGAAGGUUACAAUCGCGCGGGAGGGGGCUGAUUGCACACAAUUUUGCUGCUCGGGGUUUGAGGAGCAUCCAACUGGCUACAUAUUUUAUUCGGCAGCCAAAGAAUGUACUCAGUAUCCGUGCCAUGCCCGAUUUCCCCACGAGCUCUGUGGUGCACCGCAAGCAUCGCCAUUUCGAGGUGCUCUUUGAUGCUCUGCCGCAUCCAGGCACCAAAAGACGGGUGGGUGGCUUCUGCACAAGAAUGAGAGAGAGAGAGAGAGAGAGAGAGAGGGGGAGAGAGGGAGAGAGAGGGGAGGGCACGAGAUGGAGGCCCAAGGCAGCUGCGAUAACCACCACUGGU